AUGUCAACCUACAAGCCGAGAUUAACGACUUUCUAUGAAAAAUAUGCACCAAACAAGGUUGCCCAGGUGGAUGCCCAGUUGGAGAAGUACAAGGGACAAGAGGAGGAUUUGCUCGCUGCUCUUGUGCAGAAAUAUGGACCAGAACCAGAGGUAGUGAAUACUACUGUGUCUGCUUCUGGAGUUAGCAUGUCUUUCAAGGACCGACUGACGGCAUUCUAUGAAAAAUAUGCACCAAACAAGGUUGCUCAGGUGGAUGCCCAGUUGGAGAAGUACAAGGGACAAGAGGAGGAUUUGCUUGCUGCUCUUGUGCAGAAAUAUGGACCAGAACCAGAGGGGGAAGUUGGAACAUCUCUCACGCCGUCUGUGCGAAGUCGUAAAGGUUCUGAAAUGAAUGGUUCAGCUGUUACUCACCCUGGCACGUAUGGUGAACGUCUCACUGCAUUCUAUGAAAGGUAUGCACCAAACAAGGUUGCCCAGGUGGAUGCCCAGUUGGAGAAGUACAAGGGUCGUGAAGAGGAUUUGCUUGCUGCUCUUGUGCAGAAAUAUGGACCAGAACCAGAGGUAGUGAAUACUACUGUGUCUGCUUCUGGAGUUAGCAUGUCUUUCAAGGACCGACUGACGGCAUUCUAUGAAAAAUAUGCACCAAACAAGGUUGCUCAGGUGGAUGCCCAGUUGGAGAAGUACAAGGGACAAGAGGAGGAUUUGCUUGCUGCUCUUGUGCAGAAAUAUGGACCAGAACCAGAAGUGGUGAAUACUGCUGUUGAUGGCUCUGUUAGUGAUGAUUUGACUCGCAACGAGGUACGUUCUGAAACGGGACAUCAUUCUUUAACUGAGGAUGACACCUCUACAGGGGCGCAGCGUGGAACCAGUGAGACUCAUGUUGCGGAGGUAGACUUUUUAUUAUCAUUUGUUGCUGACAAGGGUAGACAGCAGCUUCUGCGAGAUGCUGCUGCUGAACUUGGAGUGACAGUGAAUAGUCGUGAGACGCUGUUAGUCCUUGAGGCGCUUCUUGACACGAGAACUGUCAUGGCGGUGGCGGCGAAUUCAGUUCCCGAGGCGGAUGUACACAUCCAUCGGGCGUUCAAUGAGUCGAUGUAUGCUCCUUCCACGGUUCAACUCGCUUCAACAACAGUAGUGACAUGCCCUCCGGAGGCAUUUGAUUUCAACAGCAUGAAUGUGGCUCUGAUGGCGGAGGAGGAAAAGUCCCGCGGCGUACUCGAAUUACUAGCGGCAGAUGACGGUGGAAUUCUUCUUGCGGCGGAGCGGCGUGAGUUGCGUCUUAUCAAGUUGCGUGAUGCUCUUCAUCUCAUUUGCACAGAGGCGGAGACUGCACUGCGGCGACGGGUGUGGCAGGUGUGGUGUGAUGCGGCGGUUCGGCGUAUUCGCGGUGAGAGAUGGGCCCGUGUGCAGCAGAUGACACCGUACCAGAAGAUGUUAUUUGGAAAGUCGGUGUCUGCAUAUUAUGAGCGGCUCGCACGAUCGCGGCGGGCGCAGGAGCAGCGAGGAAAAGAGGCCGCUGUGGAAACGGCACACAUAAAUGAUCAGCGGAAGCGUCAUCUACUUAAAAGCAUCAACAGGCAUGGGGAUAUAAUCAAACGUAACAUCCUCGCAGUAGUGCUUAGUGAUAUCCCAGAAACACGCACUAACAGCAAGAGCAAGAACAACAACAACAACAACAGUGGGAGUUGGGACGUGGUGGCAUCGCCAGAUAAUAGCAGUCCUGAGAUAACACCAAUGAACUACAAGCCACAUCGGCAAAAAAGUAACUCACAGCACAUAUCGCUAUCACCUUCUCAUAUAGGUGAAACUGCUAUGGACAAGAGCAGCAACAAUAACCCACCCUUUUACCGCUAUGGUAAACGUAAUGAGCGUUUGCUUUCUAUUGAGAAAGACUUUGAUGGACUCCCACCAGAAGCCCGGGCGCGCGUAUUUAGAACACUAAAGAAAUGGGAUAUGCUGCCUCUUUCUCCACCACCGAAUAUUGAUAAAAGUUCUACACGUCAUCAUCACCACUAUCACCGUCGACACCUCCAAGAGAAAGUGGGGCAGUCGGGACAUCAAAUUGACGAGUUUGACGACGUAUUUGUUUCUGGAGUGGAUGACGAUGAAUUAACACCAAUGUGGGAAAACGAGGAGGAGUUGCGUCUGUACUUGUCUCGCGUCCUGAUUGAUGCCCUUGACGCGGAGAAGGAGAAGACGUUAUCCCUGCAGCAGCACAGUGGACUGCGGUAA